CCGGGGGGUCCCGGGGGGGUCCCGGGGGUCCCGGGGGUCUCGGGGGGUCCCGGUGCCCCCCGGGCCGGAGCCAUGGGCGAAUGGACCAUCCUGGAGCGGCUGCUGGAGGCGGCGGUGCAGCAGCACUCCACCAUGAUCGGCAGGAUCCUGCUGACGGUCGUGGUCAUUUUCCGGAUCCUGAUCGUGGCCAUCGUGGGUGAGACGGUCUACGAGGACGAGCAGACCAUGUUCAUGUGCAACACGCUGCAGCCAGGCUGCAACCAGGCCUGCUACGACAAAGCCUUCCCCAUCUCCCACAUCCGCUACUGGGUGUUCCAGAUCAUCCUGGUGUGCACGCCCAGCCUGUGCUUCAUCACCUACUCCGUGCACCAGGCGGCCAAACAGCGCGAGCGCCGCUGCUCCUUCCUGCAGCCGCUGCUGGAGCCGCGCCGGCCCCGGCCCAACGGGGGCCCGGCCGCCGAGGGGGCGCCCAGGGAGGAGCCCGAGCUGGGGCUGGGGCGGCCGCAGGCGCGGAGCUCCAAGGUGAAGCGGCAGGAGGGCAUCUCCAGGUUCUACGUCAUCCAGGUUGUGUUCAGGAACGCUCUGGAGAUCGGCUUCCUGGGCGGGCAGUAUUUCCUGUACGGCUUCAACGUCCCGGCCAUCUUCGAGUGCGACCGCUACCCGUGCGUCAAGGAGGUCGAGUGCUACGUCUCGCGGCCCACGGAGAAAAGCGUCUUCCUGGUCUUCAUGUUCGCCGUGUCCGGGGUCUGCGUGCUGCUCAACCUGGCCGAGCUCAACCACCUGGGCUGGCGCAAGGUGCGCGCCGCCGUCCGCGGGGCCCGCGCGCGCCGCAAGAGCCUGGGGGACGCGCGGCGCAAGGAGGCGGCGACGGCGACAGCGACGGGGACGGGGACAGCGACGGGGACGGCGGGGACGGUGCCGGCGCUGGGCAGGACACAGAGCAGUGAAUCGGCCUACGUGUGAUGGGAUUGGGAUUGGGAUUGGGGUUUGGGAUUGGGAUGGGA